GUUUUCAGAAGUUGGCAUUCUUUGUAGACACAUUUUGCGUAUAUAUAACAUUCAUUGUGUGAAAUGUAUUCCUCGAGAUUAUAUAAUGUCUAGGUGGACGAAGGGUGCUAUUUUGCCAAAUAUGGGUCGUUCUCAUAUUGAAGCACCUGAUACUCUGUUUGGGAAAAUAUUGGAAGAUUCUGUGUGGAGAGUUCAAAUGACUAGGAAAUUCAAUACAAUAUUGGCUUCAAGUGCUAGUAUUCCUGAAGCUAGGCAAGUAUGUGAGCAAGGUUAUGAUUCUAUUAAAAACUUCUUAGAUAUUCAGAAACGCCGCACUGCUGGAGAUGAAUCUGCUUCUGAAUCGAGGACCAUAUUGGAUCCUCCACGUUCUGUUCCUAAAGGUCAAAGAAAUACACGAAAGAAAAGCAUUGUUGAAAAACAAUGCAAAAUAGUCAAAUCUCGCAGGUCCAAAUCCCAACAAGUUUCAUCUAAUUCAAAACUUGUUGCCCAAUCAGUUGUACAGGAGACUGUUAAUUGCAUGGUGCCACAUGGUUAUCUUGCUCAUCCAGUGCAUGGAAUGACUUCUUUGAUGCCUAUGUUUGGAUCUCCACAAGUUUUCACUCCAUACUUUUUGCAUCCAAAUGUUGGGAAUGAAAUGCAAAUUUAGUAAUAUUUAAUUAGUAUGAAUGUAAUCUGCUUGAACACUGGCUGUGGAGUUUUGCAUUUUUACAUCUUUGUAUGCUCGUUUUACAUUUAUCAGUGAUAUUGUUUACAUUUCAUAUACCCUUUGUUUACAUUAGUCUUUCAGUGUUACACUUGAAUUGGUUUAUCAAUAAAGUUUUAUUAAGUGAAUUAAUUUCA